AUGACCCAGGCCCAGAUCCAACUCUGCUCCCUCCUCCUGCACGAGCAUUUUGGGGAGAUUGUGGAGAAAAUUGGGACCUACCUGAUCCGGACGGGGCCGCAGCCCCUGCGGGGGAUCAGCGGGGACACGGGGCUGCUCCUGGACCAGGUGAAGAAGGGUCUUUGUGUCCUGAUCCACCACAACCUGGUGAGCUACCAGGUGCAGAAGCGCGGGGUGGUGGAGUACGAGGCGCGGUGCCCGCGGGUGCUGCGCGUCCUGCGCUACCCCCGCUACAUCUACACGGCCAAGACCCUCUACGGGGACACGGGGGAGCUGCUGGUGGAGGAGCUGCUGCUCCACGGCAAGAUGAGCAUGAGUGCUGUGGUCAGGAAGGUGGCUGACAGGCUGACGGAAACCAUGGAAGAUGGGAAAACCAUGGAUUAUGCUGAUGUCUCUGCCACCUUCAUCCGCCUGGCGGACACACACUUUGUCCAGAGGUGCCCCCUGGUCCCCGAAGCCCCCGAGACCCCCGAGGUGCCACCUCCUCCUGCACCCACCUUGGUGAUCAACGAGAAGGACAUGUACGUCGUGCCCAGGCUGAACCUCAUAGGGAAGGGGAAGCGGAGACGAUCGUGUGAGGAGGAGGAGAGUGGGGAGCACAAAGCCAAGAGGCAGAAGAAAGAGGGAGAAAGUCUGGAGCCCCCCCCAGACGAUGGCAUCUACUGGCAGGUGAACCUCGACCGCUUCCACCAGCACUUCCGAGACCAGGGAAUCGUCAGCGCCGUCGCCAACCGCAUGGACCAGACCAGCAGUGAGAUCGUGCGGACGAUGCUGCGGAUGAGCGAGGUCACCACGUCCUCCAGUGCUCCCUACACCCAACCCCUCUCCUCCAACGAGAUAUUCAGGUCCCUUCCAGCUGGAUACAACAUUGGGAAGCAGGUCUUGGACCAGUACCUCACCCUCCUGGCAGACGACCCGCUGGAGUUCGUGGGGAAAUCGGGGGACAGCGGCGGGGGCACCUACACUGUCAAUCUGCACAAGGCCCUGGCAUCCCUGGCCACGGCCACCCUGGAGUCUGUCGUGGAGGAGCGCUUCGGCUCCCGCUGCGCCAGGAUCUUCCGCCUCCUCCUGAGGAAGAAGCACCUGGAGCAGAAGCAGGUGGAGGACUUUGCCAUGAUCCCUGCCAAGGAAGCCAAGGACAUGCUCUACAAAAUGCUCUCCGAGAACUUUGUGGCGCUGCAGGAGAUUCCCAAGACCCCCGACCACGCGCCCUCCCGCACCUUCUACCUCUACACGGUGAACGUCCCGUCCGUGGCGCGGAUGCUGCUCCACAGGUGCUACAAG